AAAACACUGGUCAGGCUGUCGUAGCGCAAUUUAAAUUCACAGCUCUUGUUGGGACAAACGGAAAUGCUACGCGUAUUACGUCAUCACUUCAAUUACCAUAUGUUUAUUCUGAAUUGUCCAUACCACCAGAAACAGACAUUGCAAAGUUGUUAGCUAGUGAUGUUAAAUCGGCAAAG